CUGGCGCCCUCUUCCAGUCAAUAAUGUAAACUCUCCUUUUGUCUCGUUCAAUCCAAUAUGGCGGCAAACGGUGUAUGAGAGGUGCGGAAUGUUUUGAUUCGGAACGAACAAUAAAAAAAAAUUGUAUGGAAAAAAAACUCAUAACGAAUCGCGAAAAAAAAUACGCAAUGGCCGGUGAAUUAACGUGGUACUCGUGUUGUUAAUAUUAAAUAAUCGAUCUCGAAGUUAAUUGUGUUAAAACUAUUGUGUUAUUGAAUUGAAUAUUAUUUUAUUUUUGAUGUAGCAUUUGUGUUCGCUAAUGUGUUCGUUUGCAAUAAUAUGUGAUAGAUUACACGCUAGAUAUGUCUACCGAGCCUGAUAAAAUUACGGGAUGCCCGAUAGAGUGUGAUAAUAAUAUUAAUUCUGAAAGAGCAGAAUCUGUGAACAAAGUUAGUGUUAUAUGUGAUGUUGUUGGGGAGAAAAAGAAAACUGGACGCUCAGUGCGUUUUCCAGAUGAGGAUCUUAUAGUUACGGAGUACUUUGAACCUGAAAACCCUUGGCAAGAUGUGCCAACGACGACAAAAUCUCAGCUGGCUGCCGAGUACCUGGAGGCGUGCAGGCGACAUUGCACGCCAUCCAUCGAUACCGUGCUGGAGCAGAUACGGGAACUGCCAGAUGAAUCCAUAGGUGGUGGAAGUCGAGCGCCGCGCCUCACUCUCGCUGAAUGCUCGCUGUCCGGCGCUGCAGCAGUUGACGCUUUAGAAGCCAUCAUGAGGAAAGUCCAGUUCAGGAGGCUGGAGAUCGAACACUGCAUCAUUGAUGAUGAGGGAGCGGAGGCGUUAUUCGACAUGACGGAGUAUUAUGAGAGUGCAACGAUAUUGUCUAUUGCUGGGCCCCGGCAAUUUGGCAUCCGAGGGUGGCAGGCCGCUUCUAGGAUGAUUAAAAAGAGUGCUGACCUGUCAGAGCUGGAGAUAUCGGACGCGCCGCUAGAAGCUUCUCAUGCCCCAGUUUUGGCUCGGUCCAUAAGAGCACAUACCUGCACCUUAAGAGCGCUGAGCUUGCAGCGGGUGUGUCUCACCGGGGAACCUUUGUUAUGUUUAGUGAUAGCUCUGAAAUCGAACAGUUCUAUAAGAGAGCUGCGACUAUGCGACAACCGGCUCGGGGUGUCGGACGCGGCGCAACUAGCGUCACUCCUGCGGUACAACACACGCAUACAACUGUUGGACCUCUCCAAUAACAUUAUACAGGACGCUGGAACAGCCCACUUGGCUGAUGCUUUAGCUGAACAAGCGGCUCAGUCCCCGCCUUCUGCGGCAGCUUCGCCACUGUCGCCGCAUCGAUGUCAGGUGGGAGGUCACGACGCGCGGGGACUGGCGUUUUUAGUUCUAUGGAACAAUCAACUGACUAGAAAUUGUGCACCAUAUCUCAGUAAAGCGUUGGUGAGUAUAUUAUUUACUAGCGACCCGCCGCGGCUUCGCACGGGUGCAGUAUGCAUGUAUUAUACAUAUAAACCCUCCUUAAGAAUCGCUCUGUCUAUUUAA